AUGGCAUUAUCAGCGGGUGCUAGAAGUGCUGCAGCAGACGCCAAGAAGCCAAAGACAUUGGCAGACAUGCUCUUAUCCAGUGAAGAUAGUCCAUCUACCAACAAGUCGGCAGAAAGAUGGCCUCCUGACCUGGGACUUCCUAAUGCAGACGCCAUUAGCGAUUUUCUGCAAUCCCAUGACUUCUGCCUCCAUUUCGACUUAUUAUAUAAGAGUGCUAUCCACCCGCGCACUUUAACAGCACCUAAUCCCAAAGUUUCCUCUAUUGUAACAGUCCAAAAGAUGAUCAUCGAAGGACGGGCAUACGGUGACGGCAAAUACUCUGAUCCAGAUCCGCAUAUGAAGGGUUGGCAGGAUGCUGAUCACUAUGUCUUAUGCUUGUAUCGGCUGUAUAUCUUUAAUUCGACUAGACGCAACGGUCUAUCCACUAAUAGGUAG